UGCGAGGGCAACGCCUCACAGCAUUGGGAAUCUCUCUCUAUCUCCAUCCCUCUCUCUCUCUUUCCCCCCCUCCUCCGUCUCUGAAGCGUAAAAGCCAAAGGACUCUCAUCUCCCAUUCAGUUUCCUCUGUAUGUGGCUAAGCCGGGCUGCUCUUAAGCCCCACAGUUCAACAUUCUCCUUCAUUUCCUCCUAAUUUUGCUUCUCUACCUGCUAAAGGAUGCAUUACUGACCACAAACCAGGAUUAUUUUUUGUGUCUAUAGGAGGCAGCGUCUUUUACUGGACUCAUCUUUGUUCUUGUGUUCACAGCUGCUGAGUGUACAGUGGCUGCUAGUGGGGAAAUAGGUUAGUGUGCCUGUUCGGUGCUGGGCAGCAGAGGUGACUGAAUGUGCUGUACACGGAGGAGGAGAAGAAGAGGGGGAUGCCUUCCUGACGGUAGCGCUCUGUAGCCCUGCGACCACUCGGGGAGAAGGUGUCUGGGGUGUCUGGCACUGAACUCUGACCUUCGGCCAAAGUGUCAGCGAGGACAUUUAGGACAGACAAAGGAAAAAAGCAACAAAUAGAGGCGUUUUUUUUUUCUUUCUCCCAUUUUUGUAGUUGCUAAACAGGGCUGAGCUGUGUGUCUGCUGUGUGUGGACACCAUGGACAUCAACCUUCAGUCGCACCGGUUUUACUUCCCCCAGAUCUACUGUGCUGAACCGGGAGCACAGCCACAGCUCACUGAGUUCAAAGUCAGUGAGCAGAGUAUCUGCCAGGCGCGGGCCUCGGUCAUGGUCUACGAUGACACCAGUAAGAAGUGGGUGCCUAUCAAGCCUGGACAGCAGGGAUUCAGUCGCAUCAACAUCUACCACAACACUGCCAACAACACCUUCAGAGUGGUGGGCGUCAAGCUGCAGGACCAGCAGGUGGUGAUCAACUACUCCAUAGUGAAGGGGCUCAAGUACAACCAGGCCACCCCGACCUUCCACCAGUGGCGGGACGCCCGGCAGGUCUAUGGCCUCAACUUCGCCAGCAAGGAGGAGGCCACAACCUUCUCCAACGCCAUGCUCUUUGCUCUCAACGUCCUCAGCGCUCAGGAUGGAGGUCCAGCUGUCCAGCGCCACGUCCAGAAUGGACCGACCUCAGAUGAGAUGGAAGUUCAGAGAGCGAGGCAGAUGAUGGAGCAGCAGCAGCAGAUGCAGGCACAGCUGGAGCGGGAGCGGCGGACGUCCAACUCAGGUUCUCCUUUCCAAGGCCACCCUGCUGUGCUCUCCGUGGCCCCCCCAGUAAUACCUCCCCCAAUGAACAUGGGUGGCCCUCCUCCCCCUCCACCACCGCCGGGACCCCCACCCCCUUCAGCAGGGGCACCCCCACCGCCGCUCCCACCACCUCUUCCCAUGGGCGGAGGGAGCCACGGGGAUGAACCCCCCGCCCACACGGGUCUCGCCGCCAUGAUCGCCGGAGCCAAACUGCGCCGCGUCCAAAGGCCCCAAGACGACAGCGCUUCCAGCGGCAAAAACGAAGCCAACCGAACGAGUGGAGGAAGCGGAGGACUGAUGGAGGAGAUGAACGCCCUGUUGGCGCGAAGAAGGAAAUUAGCCUCAGAGAGGCCCGACGACAGCCAAAAUGAUGACCCAAAUUCUCCGUCCCCCAGCACUCGGAGUGGACAGAAUGCCACAGAUGGGGCAAAGAAGCCUUGGGACCGAGCUAACUCUGCAGACAGGGCGAUGGUUUCAAGGGUACGACCGGGCGGGGGUGGCAGUGACACAGACUUGUUAGACCUCGAUAGAAUGAAACAGGAAAUCUUGGAAGAGGUGUUUCGUGAAUUGCACAAAGUGAAGGAUGAAAUCAUCGAUGCCAUUAGACAUGAACUCAGUCGAAUUAGCACGACAUAAUCAGAGCCACCCCCCCCCCACCCCGCCAUGAACCACCUUUGUGAACCAUUGCCCCUGCAGCAACUGAUGUGGCCCUGAGCAGGAGGAGGAGGACGAGGAGGAGGAAGAGAAGUCAGGGAUGAAGGCCCAAACUGUGACAUCUACUCACCCUGUUCAGCUGUGGUGUUGCAGCACCGCUGCAGCGCGGCUGUAGCACCUCACACACACACGUCUGUGUUUCAUUGGUUAGUUCGUCUGGACGUGAACGGGGCACACUCUCGCACCGAUUCCUCGGAUUUACCCACAUUUUCUGUCUGUUUGUUUGCCCAGUUCGCCCCUGUGUCCUCUGCCUGAAGGAGAAUGGAUCCAAUUUCCAAUGAUUUUGUUUGUUUUUUCUUUUUUCACACAUUUUUAUUAUUAUUAUAAGGCUAUUAUUACUAUCAUUUUCAUUAUUUUUACUAUCAUUUUUACGAUUGUCAAUGUUGAUAUAAGUUGUCGUAGUGUAGUGAGUACAAUGGUAAUAAUGAGGAAAGUGAUCAUGAGAAUAUGAUAGUAAUGAUAAUGUUGGUAAUUAUAAUUGCACAUCAGUUUAUGUCAGCUUUUUGUAUUUUAUCUUCUUUUUGUUUUAGAUACAGCUGCAAGCACAUUCACACAAAUUUCUCACCAUCUAACCUGGAACAUUUUUUUUAAAGGGUUUUUUUUUGCAUCUUUUUCUCCAACACAGCGGCAGAAAAAAAAAACCCAGGCUCUGACCUGAAAACGAGGGUGAAAUAAACUUCUUUGAAUAUUGCAAUCUUAUAAACGAAAAAAAAAAAAAACGAAAAAAGAAUACACCAGAGUAUUUGUGAUCAUGUUGUUAAUAAAAUGUUUAUUGGCUGCAAGGA